UGCAUGCCUGGCACACUGCUGCUACGAUAUAAAUCGUAUCGUGUCUGCAUCGUCUGUAGUUUGUUCUUGCAUUUGAAGUGAGACUUUUUGCCGUGUCUUUGGCUCGUGCUUACGGAGCCGUCCCGUAGAUUGUCCUUGUGCCAGUUGUCAGCGCAGAACGAAUCCCUAGCCGGGUGCAAGUCUAUCCAUACCCAAUAUCCCCGAUUCCCGAUGAACGACAACGGUAACGGCGGAGCAGCGCCAGUCUCCGGUGGAGUGUGCGGUGGUGCGCACGGAGCGGCUGCUGGCGCUGGUGGUGCUGGCGGUGGCGGUGGAGCUGGUGGCGCAGGUCCGGGCGGAGGUCCCGGUGGCGGAGCAGCUGCUGCGGACUUGCUUGGCGAGGCAGCUGGAGGAGCAGCAGGUGGCGAUGCAGCCGCCAAUACACAAGGAAAUGCCAAUGGAACCAGCGAGAGCCCAGCGAACGGACUUAACUCUAGCGAGGAUCUAGACGCCAAGCGGCGCAAGUGUCGCGAAACGGAAGAAGGCCAGGAUGAAGCCAGCACGAUGAUCGAUGCGAAUAGUGUGCUCAAUAAGAUCGCCAACCUGUACGCCGAACAGCUGAUGUCGGACAUAGUACUACUGGUGGACGGCAAGGAGUUUCCCGCCCACCGCGUCAUCCUCUGUGCCAGCAGCGACGUCUUUCAGGUGAUGCUAAUGAAUCCGGAGUGGAACGAGUGCAGCAAGCAUGUGAUCGAACUGCACGAGGAGGCCUGCUGCUCGGCGGUGUUUCCGCAGUUCAUCAAGUACCUAUACGUUGGCCAAAUCGAGGUCACGCUGCAGACGGUGAUGCCAAUGCUGGCGCUGAGCGACAAGUACAAUAUUCGCGACCUGAUCGAUCUCUGCGUGGACUACAUGAACAAGCACGUGGCCAAGGCGGCCACCAGCGGUUACCUUGUGUCCUGGCUGCAGUAUACGCUCUCCUUCACGCCCACCCACAACGAUCUCACCGAAACGCUCAAGCGGUUUCUCAAAUGGAACCUCGAGAUGGUUGCCGAGUCGCGGGACUUUGUGGAAAUGGACCCGGCCAUACUGAUACUGCUGUUGCAGCAGAACGAUCUGGUUGUCACCAGCGAGUACAAAUUGUUUGACAUCCUGCAGACGUGGCUGCUGCAUCGUCGCGAACAGAUGGAGGCCACUGGCAGUGGCGGUUUCAUGGAGCUGAUCGAACAGACUGUGUCCCACAUACGCUUCGGCAUGAUGACGCCGCGCCAGCUCUCACACCUGCUAAUGAAUCCGCUGGUGGAGUAUCACAAAGAGUUCCUCGUCGAGCGCAUUGCCAUUGGCAUGAGCUAUCAGUCGGGCCAUGAAGAUCGUGUGCGGGAGGUGCGAGCCACCGAAUCGGGUAAGCUGCAGUUUACGCCGCGGCUCUAUUGGAACGACACCUGGAGCGUCGACAUCGAUGUGCACAACUUUACCGCGAUCGAGGACUAUAAGAACUAUGUGACCUGCUUCUUUUCGCAGCGACACAUUGCCGAGACUGAGGAGGACGAUCCUUGCAUGACAUGGGAAAUCGAGUUUUUCCCGCGAGGUGUUAGGUAUAACAAGGCCAAAAUGGUAUGGGGCGAGGAUGUACCAGGCUGCUCCUUGAACACAGUGCGUCUACGGGUUACCUGCAAGCAUCAAAACAUCGGAGAGGAGCGAUUUAAGAUCGCCGUGCUGAUCGUGGGCAUGCAGAACCAGAUUAUGCACAUUCGCACUGUUGCAGAGCGUACGGAGUACUUCUCCGAUACGUCGCGCGUCGUCAACCUGGACAACCUGCUGCCGUACGAGGAGCUGGAGCACACAUCACUGUAUUUGAGUCCCCAUCUGACGGGCACCGCUCGCAACACGCUUACCCUGCACGUGGUCAUCACGCCGAUGGGCGCCCACACCUGCCGAGAUACGCCGCCGUUUCAGUUCUAAAAAAAAACAAGGAAAAAAACAAAUUAAGAAGCGGUCCUGUGGGCAUCUCAACUAUAGCACUCCGUACUUCCCGGCGCAUCCACAGGCACCUCAUGCAUCCACAGCCACCACUGUAUUUCAACCUACCAUUUAACAUGUGUAUGUAUGUAAAAAUCCAAUGCGACUGCAAAUCCCCCUGGGCUCAACCUUUGCGAUCUUAACUGGCGGUCUACUCCGACCCCGCGCAAUAUGAUUUGUUAUUAGUUUGUUGUUUUAUAUUACACUAUUUCCUUUAAGUUAAGAAUAAGUUCGUAGGCAGAGCCAUAUUCAGUGAUUGAUUGGACACGACGCCCAUUUGGUACUGUAUUCACCUGACCAUUUCGCAGAAGAAUCGCAAAUGAAAAUGGACUAUGGAAAGGAGUUUUUUUAAUAAACGUUAAACUGUAAACUAAAAAAAAGAAAAUCAUAAAAUCGCUACCGACAUGGCUGAGAAAGAGAGAGGGUCACGUUUGGCUAUUUGCCAUCUCGUUUGCAUGAGGCAUCAGUUUUAAUGUUUUACAGCCAAUAGAAGAUACAUAUGUGCAGCUGCUUAGGCUUUUGGAUCCCUUUACGAGUGCGUUUAUGGCCCGGGAUCAACCUGUCGCGUCUCGGGGGCCUAUCUUUAUGUGUGCUCUGCUGUCCAUAUAGUCUACAGUGCGGAACACCAAAUAUGUCAUAUGUAGAUGGGACUUUGGGCUCUGGUCUCUGGAUAUCCAGAUAGCCAAGGCAUAACGAAUAUAUAUGCACAGAUGUGUAAAUCGGUUCAGGUAUCGGCCAUCAAUCGAAUUGAUUUAAUCUUGGCGUUAAUGUAGUUGUUAAAUAAAAUAAUGUCUCUUCAAAAAUCAGCUAUGGUCUAUUAUUAUGCGUUUUCAUUAGACUGAACUAAAGAGUAGAAUUACUGUCUUUUAACGAUAUAAUUUAGUGAUUUCGGUUAAUUUAAUUAUUGCCUAACACGUUGACCAGUCAUUUUGUAAAAUAACGUCUCUGAGAAACCUCGAAUAAAGGUGUGUAAAACUA